AUGAGUAGAUCAUCGUCACCAUUGUUUGAGGAACCAAGCCAUAUGCAGGAUCCCUAUGGCGGAGUGGAUGGCAUAGUCGUCAGCGAAAUUCAAAACCAGCAAGAAGAUCUCAAGAGAAACAAUUACGGGUCAAUGUCUAAGGUCAGUACUAGCGAUGUCGACAUCCGCACGACAGCGGUCGCAAACGGGGACGAAAAUACGAGCUUACAAGGUCAUAGAGGAAAAGACCUUUCGCCUGUGAGAAUUCGGAUCAUUAUGAUUUCCAUGUGCUUGGGCAUAUUUCUAGCAGCCCUAGACAAUACAAUUGUCUCCACGCUUAUGUCGCACAUUGCAUCGGAGUUCAACGCCAUGCCUAACAUAUCCUGGAUUGCGACGGGGUAUUUGUUGUCCACGUCGUGCUUUCAGCCACUAUACGGUAAAAUUUCAGACGUGCUUGGGCGUAAGCCAUUACUUAUCUUCUGCAACGUCGUGUUUGGCCUCGGGUGCUUGAUUUGCGGAUUCAGUACCAAUUUGUGGUCGCUGGUAUUGGGCCGAUUUGUUGCGGGAAUUGGCGGUGGUGGCCUGACAUCUCUGGCCAGCAUCACCACAAGUGACAUUGUACCGUUGAGAGACCGCGCCCUUUACCAAGGCAUUUGCAACCUCUUUUUCGCGGCAGGUACCAGUUGCGGUGGCCUUGUCGGAGGAUUUUUCGGUGAACACGGAGGUGGCUGGAGAGUAGCUUUCCUCAUUCAAGUUCCAUUUUGUAUUUUGAGCUGUCUGCUCAUUACGCUGUAUCUGGAAUUACCACCUCGUCAUGCACACAAAGACCACAAUGAUCGUCAUUCGUCCCAAGGGCUGCGGACACUCGAUUGGCAAGGUGGCAUUAGUUUGGUUGUUUUUCUCUUUUUGUUCAUGCUAACGGCUUCGCUUGGCGGAAAGGAGAUACCCUACAAAUCAAAACUUUUCGCUCUAGCAUGCGUAAUUACGUUUGUCUCCGGUGCCGUUUUCGUUGCGAUCGAGACCUAUGUUGCUGUUGACCCAAUAUUACCGGUAUCAUUCCUCAAGGAUAGAACCAUAUGUGCUGGUAGUCUUGCUAACUUCUUUUGUACUAUGAGCAUGAUUACUACUAGUUUUUACUUGCCAGUUUACUGGGCAAGCGUAAUGAAUAUGGGUACCACCGAUGUCGGUAAAAGAUCAGUGCCCAGUUUUUUCAGUAUUGCGUUUGGUUCCUUGGGUGCUGGAUACUACAUGAAACGUACGGGCAAAUACUAUUGGUUUUUAUUGGGAUUUUGCGUGUUUGCAGUAGCGGGUCAAGUUCAAAUCAAUUUGGUGACCCCUUCAGUACCUGUAUGGCAACAAUACCUGCUGCUGGUUAUUCCCAGCUUUGGAGUUUCGGUACUAUUGACGGUCACUUUGUUGGCAAUGAUUGCAGCAGUCCCGCAUGAAUAUCAAGCCGCCACAACUUCACUUUCUUAUGCUUUCAGAUCCACCGGUUGCACCUUGGGUGUUUCUGUCGGUGCAGCUAUAUUCCGUAACUCGCUGAGCUCAUUCUUAGAUAAGAAGGUGUUACGAUUAGUCUCUGAGGAGCACACUGAGGCCGAGCUGAGAAGAAUUAUUACGAAAGCCGCUCAUUCUUCCGAAUGGAUCCAUAAGGGGGCACCUUUGUUUGUGCAAUCGACCCUCGUUGAAUGCUAUCACUUUGCAUGUAGGGCUACCUUCAAAUUCUGUCUGGUCACACUUGUGCUUGCGACGAUCAGUUGUGCUUUGCUCAGGGAGCACAAAUUGCACACUUCAAUAAGUCGAGACAACUAG